CUGGAGGCCAUUUUUCUCUUUAUUUUAUUUUUUUGUUUCCCUUGUUGUAGUUGUUAUUAGUGUUGUUAUAGCUGUUGUUGUUAUUGGAUAGGACACAGAGAAAUGGAGAGAGGAGGGGAAGACUGAGACGGGGGAGAGAAAGAUGGAUACCUGCAGACCCACUUCACUGCUUGUGAAGCAACCCCCCUACCGCCCAGCCCCCUUUUAUAUUGAUUUUAAACCUGAGACUAUUUUUUUUGGUUUUUUUUGUAAAAUAUAGUGAAGACAAGCACACUUGUCCUCCCUGCCUCCCCUCAAGCUGCAGCCCAGAAGAGAGGUGAAAGGGAGACACUCGCGUCCUCAGUAUGUCCCUCCCGGUGACUCAGUGGACUCUUGACUGCUGGCACGGUCUUGCCUGGCUAGUUCAGAAAGAAGCCAACCUAGCUGACUCACCAGAGUCAGCUCGUUUUUCAUGAAGGGAAAAUCUUAGUCGCAUAUAUUAAAAUCAUUUGUUUUCUUUGUAAAGGCUUAUUUGUUGAGACAGAGAGAAGACACAGCAGAGCAUCACUCUGGUGUGGGGAGUCCUGGGGGGGGGGUGAACUGCAUGCCUCUGUGCAAGUUGCAGGUCUUUCUGCCUCCAACCACUACACCCCUUCCCUGGCCACCGCACAGAACACUCGCCACUUUAGCCAGGCAUUGUGGGCAGGUGUUCUGCUUAUUACGUGAACACUUGUCAUCGUUUGUGAACUCUGGACUUGCUACUCAGGGGGCAGCUGGUAUUGAUUAAAUUUGAUUGCCUUUGGCUCUGAUCAACAAACAAGUCACAAGUGGAAACUACUAGGUUGACUAAAGAAUAAAGAGGAAAUUUGACCCAAGGUGCUGGACUUCCACUUUUGACUUUGCUGCUAACUAGAUGUGGAACUUCAGACCUCGGCCAGAAGUCACCGGUGGCAAAAUGAUGAGCGACGCCAGCGACAUGCUGGCCGCAGCGCUGGAGCAGAUGGACGGAAUCAUCGCAGGUUCCAAGGCCCUAGAGUACUCCAAUGGCAUCUUCGACUGCCAGUCCCCCACCUCCCCGUUCAUGGGGAGCCUGCGGGCGCUGCACCUGGUGGAGGACCUUCGUGCCCUGUUAGAGAUGAUGGAGGCAGACGAGAAGGAGGGCCUGCGCUGCCAGGUCCCUGACUCCACGGCUGAGACACUGGUGGAGUGGCUGCAGAGUCACAUGACAAAUGGACACCUGUCAGGGAAUGGAGACGUGUAUCAGGAAAGGCUGGCCCGUCUGGAAAAUGAUAAAGAGUCCUUGGUUCUUCAGGUGAGUGUGCUGACAGACCAGGUGGAGGCUCAGGGGGAGAAGAUCCGGGAUCUGGAGUUCUGUCUGGAGGAGCACAGAGAGAAGCUGAACGCCACUGAGGACAUGCUGCAGCAGGAGCUACUGAGCAGGACGUCCCUGGAGACGCAAAAGCUGGAUCUGAUGGCAGAGGUGUCCAACCUGAAAUUAAAGCUAACGGCAGUGGAGAAAGACAGACUGGACUACGAGGACCGAUUCAGAGACUCGGAGGGGCUAAUGCAGGAGAUCAAUGAUCUGAGGCUGAGGAUCAGAGAAAUGGACAGCGAAAGACUUCAGUAUGAGAAGAAGCUUAAAUCAACCAAAUCUGUAAUGGCCAAGCUUUCUAGCAUGAAAAUCAAAGUGGGUCAGAUGCAGUACGAGAAGCAGCGGAUGGAGCAAAAGUGGGAGUCGCUGAAGGACGAGCUGACAUCUCUGAAAGAACAGCUGGAGGAGAAGGAAUCUGAAGUCAAAAGACUACAAGAAAAUCUGCUUUCCAAGAUGAAAGGAGAAGGAAUUGAAAUUCUUGAUCGAGAUGAAAGUUUAAAACAGAAGCUCAAAGACAAAAAUGUGGAAGUCCAGAAGAUGAAAAAGGUCAUGGAGUCACUGAUGGCGGUGAAUGAGGAAAAGGAUCGGAAAAUUGAAGACCUCCGACAGUGCCUGGACAGGUAUAAGAAGACGCAAGACCUGGGGGUCCUGGUCCAAGGUCAAAGAGAGCCCGAUGGAGACUAUGAUGACUUGCUCCCUUCCAGCUCCUUCUCCACCUUGCUGGAUGUGCAGGGCUUCAGCGAUCUCGAGAAAAGCAUGUCCUCUUCACUGGCAAUGGGCUCUCCCAGCCAAGACCCAUUUGACACCAGCGUUCCAGAAGAGUUCCACACCAGCGUCUUGCAAGUUCCCAUCCCUUCAUUACUGCCAGCAUCAAAAGGCCUGGAAACUGCUGAAGAACCCAGAUCACCUCCCAAACUGGAGACUUCAUUUGAAGAGAACAGUGGAAAAACAGUUGUCGGUGUUCCUAUGGAAACUCAUCUGGAUGAAGGUCUUUUAACUUCAAGUCUGCAGAAGUCUAGCAGCCUGAGCAAUCUGAAGAAAGAGUCCUCAGAAGGGGACAAAGCUCUGGUAGAAAGCAGCCCAUUUGGAGGGCUGCCCCCCAGAGCUCCAGGACAUGAUACGUCUGUGGAUGACAACCCCUUUGGCACCCGGAAAGCCAGGUCUUCCUUUGGCCGUGGCUUUUUUAAAAUAAAAAACAACAAGAGGACUGCCAGUGCCCCUAACCUGGACCGUAAGCGGAGUGCCAGUGCGCCCAGCCUAGCAGAGACAGAAAAAGAGACAUCUGAGCACCUGGGUCUGGCUGGUGGAUCUUCCAGGAUGAAAGAUUCUCAGGGUAGUGGGCCCUUCCAGUUAACCCCACCCUCUCCAGAUCCCAGGAAGAAAUCCAGAGGCAUCAUGAAACUCUUUGGAAAACUCAGGCGGAGCCAGUCAACCACAUUUAACCCCGAGGAUAUGUCCGAGCCUGAAUUCAGAAGAGGGGGUACCAGAGCAACAGCUGGGCCCCGACUGGGCUGGUCUCGAGAUUUGGGGCAGUCUAACAGUGACCUGGACAUGCCAUUUGCCAAGUGGACCAAGGAGCAGGUCUGCAGUUGGCUCGUGGAGCAGGGCUUGGGGUCCUACCUGAAUUCUGGCAAGCACUGGAUCACUUCUGGACAGACGCUGUUGCAGGCCUCUCAACAGGACCUGGAGAAGGAACUUGGGAUCAAGCAUUCGCUUCAUCGAAAGAAACUCCAGCUGGCACUGCAAGCCCUGGGGUCUGAGGAGGAAACCAACCAUGGGAAGCUGGACUUCAAUUGGGUCACAAGGUGGCUGGAUGACAUAGGGCUCCCACAGUACAAGACGCAGUUUGACGAGGGGCGGGUGGAUGGCCGCAUGCUUCACUACAUGACCGUGGAUGACCUGCUGUCCUUGAAGGUGGUCAGUGUGCUGCAUCAUCUCAGCAUCAAGAGGGCCAUCCAGGUCCUGAGGAUCAACAACUUUGAGCCCAACUGUCUGCGCAGGAGGCCAUCAGAUGAGAAUAGCAUCUCCCCAGCCGAAGUCCAGCAGUGGACCAACCACCGUGUGAUGGAGUGGCUGCGCUCGGUGGACCUGGCUGAGUACGCCCCCAACCUCCGGGGUAGUGGCGUCCAUGGCGGGCUCAUGGUUCUAGAACCACGUUUUAAUGUAGAAACCAUGGCCCAGCUCCUAAACAUCCCACCCAGUAAGACCUUGCUGCGGAGACACCUGGCCACGCAUUUCAACCUCCUGAUUGGAGCCGAGGCCCAGCACCAGAAGCGUGACGUCAUGGAGCUGCCGGAUUACGUGCUCCUCACUGCCACCGCCAGGGUGAAGCCAAAGAAACUUACCUUCAGCAACUUCGGGAAUUUGAGGAAGAAGAAGCAGGAGGAUGGGGAAGAAUAUGUUUGUCCCAUGGAGUUGGGGCAGUCCUCAGGAAGCACAUCGAAGAAGGGCUUUAAAACCGGCCUGGAUAUGCGUCUGUAUGAUGAGGAUGAUCUGGACCGCUUAGAGCAGAUGGAAGAUUCUGAGGGGACCGUGAGGCAGAUCGGGGCUUUCUCCGAAGGCAUCAACAACUUAACACACAUGCUGAAGGAAGACGACAUGUUUAAGGAUUUUGCUGCCCAGUCUCCCAGCACCAGCAUCACUGAUGAAGACUCCAAUGUCUGAGGUCACCUCCAUGGACCCUGGGGGGGGGUGUUGGGGGGAAGAGGGCGCUCUGUUUUUCUGCUUCAUUGCUCGAGCACUCACUCAGCUGUGACACAAUGGAGAGGGGUGCCAUCCCUACUUCUGUAGAUUCAGAGGAAGUGGGAUGGAGAGCCAGGGAGCAGGUGCUUAUGUUAAAACUGCCCUGAAAGACACUGGUGAUGAAGCCUGCAA